CCCCCCCCCCCUCCAGCUCCCAGGCUAAGCCCGAAUCCCGAGCAGCCCCCCUACAGAUGCUGAAGAACAUCGUGAGCCAGUCGUGGAGGAGAGGGGCUUGCGCUCUUCAAGAAGGGAAUCAUGCUGGGGCACUCCAUGCUUGCUGGAGGCAAUUUCACAGCGGGCAGAUGUUAAGAUCUUCCAGGAGCUUCUUUGGUGUGGAGGACUUCAUGGAUGAAGACAACAGCAGACCGUACACAUACAAGAAGGAGAAGAGAUCAAAGAACCCGCACAAGCACAUCUCCUUCAAGCAGCGCACCAUCGCCUACAUGGAGCCCUUCACACUCGACGUCUUCAUCUCCAAGCGCUUCGUCUCGGCGUCCCUCACCCACCGCACGACAUGCAGGCAGGUCGCGGUGGCAGGGACCAACUCGAAGGACAUCAAGGCGGCCCUCCAGUCGAGGUCAGACAUACCGGCCUGCCUUGCCGUGGGUCGCUUCCUGGCAGAGAGGGCCAAGGAGGCUGAUGUCUACACCUGCACAUACACGCCGAGGGAGCGGGACAAGUUUGAGGGGAAGAUAAGGGCGGUUGUUCAGUCGCUGAUUGACAAUGGGAUCAAUGUGAAAGUUUACCUCGAUUGAGUUCCCUGCUGUAUGAGAAUGUCUGCAGGACCUUCAAAAGAUUGAUGUAUUACUACUACUACAUGCUGAUAUCUGUUCUGAAAAAUGAAAAUCAUCAUCAGUUCAUCACCAUCAUCAUAACAGCUGUGCUCUCAUGUUGUGUUUUGCCACUUUCCUGGGCUUUGGCUGAUCUUGAUCAGCAGCUGCUGUGAUUCUGGGAUAGAUUUGUUUGUGUGACAGUGGAGUCAGGCCCAAAUUGG